AUGUGUGAUGCAGGUGACACGGGCAACACAGAGGACGUCAGAAUAUCUGUAUUGACCUCUUCAGUAAAGGUGAAUCUUCAUGAUGAUGCUACUUUCCCCUCCACUCAGACAUGUUCUGGUCUGGUCACGUGGACUGUGUCCCAUAAACAACAUGACAUUCUGGCUCAGUGUGACCGGAUAUCCUGUCAGUCAAAGGAGGGAUUUUACAUGUCCCAUGAUCAGUACCUGAAGGGAGAUCUCUCCCUCACCAUCACUGAUGUUGAUUACACUAAGAGGACCUGGUACACCUGUGAGUGUGGUGGUGUAGACAUCUGUGCUAUGAGCCUAGGGAUAGAGGCAUUGAGUUCUUCAGUUUGGAUCAAGUCCAAUGAAAAUCUGGUGCUGGAUUUGCCCAUAUCAGAGUCAGUGAAGGUGAUGUAUAACAGCACAGGUGCAGCUGCUCCCUCUAGUGGACAGAUCUGCACAGUGGCUGGAAGCUCAUUACAAUGUAAAGAUGAAUACACCCAGAGAGCAUCUCUUAUCUCUGCUGUUGAGCUCAGAGAAACAGCACCAUCUGAUAGUGGAGUUUACACGAUCUGGGACACCAGCAAUGAAGAGGUCAUUCACACAUACACAGUUACUGUUGACGAAGUCCAGCCAUGUCCAGAUGAGAGCUCCACAGUGACGGUGUUGGCGGUGCUCCUGGCUCUGAUGGGGGCAGGGCUUGUGGCAGCAGGGCUGGUGAUUGUGCAGCUGAGGAAAAAAAUCAGCAGCUCCAGAAAGGAGCCAGCCCAUCACAGGAAUUUUGUUCUGGUCCCUAAACCACGCUCUCCUCGAGUGGCCUUGCUCCCAACCAACUCUACUCCCGCUGCUGACACUUUUGAUGCCAGUCGUCAAAUUGGCCUUGUGCCUGUUCUCAGGGAAAAUGAGGUGGACGUCUAUUUUCCGAUAUUUGAGCGCAUUGCGGCGUCUCUGAGAUGGCCUAAUGACCUAUAG